UAAGGGGUUAUAAAAAAAACUGCUGUUGUUCUUUUACCGCUGUAUCGACUAGGAAUUCACGUGUCAUCACGAGGCAUCAUCACAAAAAAGGAUUUCACCGGUUUUCCUAAUCCAAUUUUUACUCUUUUAUUUAAGAAUUUGUAGUAUGUUUUUAAGAUACAUCGUUUUUGAACGUUUUUCUAUGGAAGAAAAAGGCAAUCAAAUCAUAGUUGAAAGUAAUUUCGACCAGAGAGACGCCUUUAGAGAAUCCUGAUCUCUGCCUUCACAGUCCUGGUUCCCUUAAGUGACGGUAAAGUAUACAGGAACUAGAUAACGUUUAACUUCAAGUUAUUUUGCCCGAUCUCCAGAUGUAAUGGACACUUUUUUUUGUUUAGAUAAACAAAUUGGGUAGAGUUCCCUGUCUCGUCUUCACCUCAUCAGUCUUCUUAAAUCUUCACAUUCCAUUAAUCUUGAUAAAAUGGUUGGCUUCAGACCUGCGGAUGUGCCCCCAACCGCUGCUGUGAAGGUUAUUGGUGCUGGAACAGCGGCCUGCAUUGCUGACCUAUUCACCUUUCCAUUGGACACAGCCAAAGUCCGGCUACAGAUCCAGGGAGAGGGAAAAGGUGCGGCAGCUAGUCAUGGCACGGCAGUGCGGUAUCGGGGUGUGUUUGGUACCAUCACCACCAUGGUGCGUACAGAGGGUGCCAGGAGCCUCUACAGCGGGCUGGUGGCAGGGCUCCAGAGGCAGAUGAGCUUUGCCUCUGUCCGCAUCGGCCUCUACGACUCUGUCAAGUCAUUCUACACCAAAGGCUCUGACCAUGUAGGGAUUGGCAGUCGUCUGCUGGCAGGCUGUACCACUGGAGCCAUGGCAGUCGCAUUAGCCCAACCCACAGAUGUGGUGAAGGUGCGCUUUCAGGCACAGACUAGUUCCUCUGGGCUAAACCGGCGUUACCAUGGCACCAUGGAGGCCUACAAGACCAUUGCCAAGGAAGAGGGCAUCCGUGGCCUGUGGAGAGGUACUGGCCCAAACAUUGUCCGCAAUGCUAUCGUGAACUGCACUGAACUGGUUACAUAUGACCUAAUCAAAGACCUACUUAUUAGAAACACACCCCUGACUGAUGACCUCCCCUGCCACUUCACAUCUGCAUUCGGUGCAGGAUUCUGCACCACUGUGAUUGCUUCUCCUGUGGAUGUGGUGAAGACGCGAUAUAUGAACUCUGCCCCCGGCCAGUACAGCGGCGCCCUCAACUGUGCUAUUGCCAUGGUGACCAAGGAGGGACCCCUUGCCUUCUACAAAGGGUUCAUGCCCUCUUUCCUCCGACUGGGCUCGUGGAACGUGGUGAUGUUUGUUACAUAUGAGCAGCUGAAACGUGCCAUUAUGGCUGCCCGCCAAAACUACACCACUACUCUGUAGACCUGGCCAUUGGCUGCAGUAGAGGGUGACCCUGUGCUGAUGUGGUUGCUUUUUAAAAUUUUAUUCAACAACAAAUGUGGCCCAUGUUUCCUUUUAACUACUUUUCACUCACCUUUCACUCGAGUGUCUUUUUAAGUACUAACUUCUGACAAUAAAUGAUAUUUUGAAGUGGC